GGAGGGGUGUGCGAGAAGCUGGCGGUCAGGGUCGAGCGACGAGUGUAUCGACCCGCGCGGCCGACCGGCUGAAGCCGAGGGGUCGGGCUCGUGCCCAGCCUGCUUUAUCGCGCCGGGUGCGGCUUUCGCUAGCGAAGCGCGGGGACAGCAGCAGCAGCGGCGGCGGCGAGGGAGGGAGCUUCGUGCCAGCGUGUGGAACUCUAUUUUAAAAAUCUCUCAAAACGAAAAAAGCAAGUCAUGGAGAAGAAUGGGAAUAAACGAAAGCUUCGGGUUUGUGUUGCUACUUGCAACCGUGCUGAUUAUUCCAAACUUGCCCCAAUCAUGUUUGGCAUUAAAACGGAACCUGAGUUCUUUGAACUUGAUGUAGUAGUACUUGGCUCUCACCUGAUAGACGACUAUGGAAACACAUAUCGCAUGAUUGAACAAGAUGACUUUGACAUUAACACCAGGCUACACACGAUCGUUAGGGGGGAAGAUGAGGCAGCCAUGGUGGAGUCGGUAGGCCUGGCCCUGGUGAAGCUACCAGAUGUCCUUAACCGCCUGAAGCCUGAUAUCAUGAUUGUUCAUGGGGACAGAUUUGAUGCCCUGGCUCUGGCCACAUCUGCUGCCUUGAUGAACAUUCGAAUCCUUCAUAUUGAAGGUGGGGAAGUCAGUGGGACCAUUGAUGACUCUAUCAGACAUGCCAUAACAAAACUGGCUCAUUAUCAUGUGUGCUGCACUCGGAAUGCGGAGCAACACCUGAUAUCCAUGUGUGAGGAUCAUGAUCGCAUCCUUCUGGCAGGCUGCCCUUCCUACGACAAACUUCUCUCAGCCAAGAACAAGGACUACAUGAGCAUCAUUCGGAUGUGGUUAGGUGAUGAUGUAAAAUCUAAAGAUUAUAUUGUUGCGCUACAGCACCCUGUGACCACUGACAUUAAGCAUUCCAUAAAAAUGUUUGAAUUGACAUUGGAUGCACUUAUCUCAUUUAACAAGCGGACCCUAGUUCUGUUUCCAAAUAUUGAUGCAGGGAGCAAAGAGAUGGUUCGAGUGAUGCGGAAGAAGGGCAUUGAGCAUCAUCCCAAUUUUCGGGCAGUUAAACAUGUCCCAUUUGACCAGUUUAUACAAUUGGUUGCUCAUGCUGGGUGUAUGAUUGGGAACAGCAGCUGUGGGGUGCGAGAGGUUGGAGCUUUUGGUACACCGGUGAUCAAUCUGGGAACACGUCAGAUUGGAAGAGAAACAGGGGAGAAUGUUCUUCAUGUCCGGGAUGCUGACACCCAAGACAAAAUAUUGCAAGCGCUGCACCUUCAAUUUGGUAAACAAUACCCUUGUUCAAAGAUAUAUGGGGAUGGGAAUGCUGUUCCCAGGAUUUUAAAGUUUCUCAAAUCUAUUGAUCUUCAAGAGCCACUACAAAAGAAAUUCUGCUUUCCGCCUGUGAAAGAGAAUAUCUCUCAAGAUAUUGACCAUAUUCUUGAAACACUAAGUGCCUUGGCUGUUGAUCUGGGUGGGACGAACCUCCGAGUUGCAAUAGUCAGCAUGAAGGGCGAAAUAGUUAAGAAGUAUACACAGUUCAAUCCUAAAACCUAUGAAGAGAGGAUUAAUUUAAUUCUACAGAUGUGUGUGGAAGCUGCAGCAGAGGCUGUAAAACUGAACUGCAGAAUUUUGGGAGUAGGCAUUUCCACGGGUGGCCGUGUAAAUCCUCGGGAAGGAAUUGUGCUACAUUCUACCAAACUGAUCCAAGAAUGGAAUUCUGUGGACCUCAGGACUCCCCUGUCUGACACUUUGCAUCUCCCAGUGUGGGUAGACAAUGAUGGCAAUUGUGCUGCCCUGGCAGAAAGGAAAUUUGGCCAAGGAAAGGGAUUGGAAAACUUUGUGACACUCAUCACUGGUACAGGAAUUGGUGGUGGAAUCAUCCAUCAGCAUGAACUGAUCCAUGGAAGCUCCUUCUGUGCUGCAGAACUUGGCCACCUCAUUGUGUCUUUGAAUGGACCUGAUUGUUCAUGUGGAAGCCAUGGGUGUAUUGAAGCAUAUGCCUCUGGAAUGGCCUUGCAGAGGGAAGCAAAAAAACUACAUGAUGAAGAUCUGCUGUUGGUGGAAGGGAUGUCAGUGCCAAAGGAGGAAGCCGUGGGUGCGCUCCACCUCAUUCAAGCUGCAAAACUUGGCAAUGCCAAGGCCCAGAGCAUCUUACGAACAGCUGGAACAGCUUUGGGUAUUGGGGUUGUGAACAUCCUCCACACUAUGAAUCCUUCCCUUGUGAUCCUCUCCGGAGUCCUAGCCAGUCACUACAUACACGUUGUCAAGGAUGUCAUCCGCCAGCAAGCCUUGUCCUCAGUUCAGGACGUGGACGUGGUGGUUUCGGAUUUGGUUGAGCCUGCCCUGCUUGGUGCGGCCAGCAUGGUCCUGGACUACACAACUCGCAGGAUCUACUAGGCAUCCCAGGAGAGAGACUCCACAGCUUCUUUGUGAAAUCAAGUUCUUGUGUUUUUGAUGAACAUUUUUAAAAAAGCAAAUCUGGAAUUUAAUUGCAGGUGACUUUGGCAGAAAAAUGGUACUUUAAUGUUUUGUUGCCUCUUCCAAAGUCACUUUUCUGAAUCCACAUUUUUGUAGAUGCUGCUCUUUCUGACUUUUUCCUAAUAGGGAUAAUUUCAGAUCAAACCUUGUAAGUACCAGUCACAAUUCUCUGUGCCAAAAACCGCUACAAUAGUGAUGAGGAAGCCUUAGAAAUCUGCUUACUGGAUGUACUGCUCAGACCUGCAGGCCUUGCUUGGAAUGUGAACUUGACAGUGGAGUUUGGGUUGAUACUCCUUACCCCUCAAACCCCAAACUUGGAUCAGAAAGAGGGGUCAGGGGACAGAAGGAAAUCUUACCAUGGAAAGGCUUGAGUAAUUUUUUUGUAAUGCUUUAUUAAGGUAUUUUUACAGUGUACAAUUUGAUAAGCUUUGACAUAUAUAUACACCUGUGAAAUAAUCACAUCAAGAGAUCAGACUCAUCUGUCAACUCCCCCUCCCUCCCGUGCAAAUGUCAUUUGUUGAAAGAUGUUAUUUGGUAUUACUCGAGCAGAAUUCGUAGACUUUACACCAGGGAUCUGUACUAUUGUCUUUGGUGACCCUGUCUUAUCUUCUUAGGGGUGGGUGAAAACCCACUGGGAUUUACAGCCUCUGCAAGGAGAUUUACCCUAAAAGGAUCUUUGCUAUUGGCAAGCAGAUGCCUUUCUCCCCAAAAGAAUUUCAUACUAUGUUGAAAAAUCACCUUAGAUUUAUUAAGUGCCUACUGUGUGCCAGGCUCUGAACUAGGGUGCUUCAUAUACUUUAUUCUAAAUUCUCAUAACCCAUAAGGUAGAUAGUUUAAUGCCCAUUUUAUAGAGCCAAAAAUCAAAGGCUUAGUGUGUUUAAGUGUUGUGGCUAGUGAGUUUUAGAGACAGGAUUUGACUCUGAUCCAUGUGUGCUUUUUUCUGCUAAGCCACACAAGCUCUUAUUUCAAAAACACUUUCAAAAUGCAAAUUUAUUCUGAUGUAUUCCAGGCUACCAAAAGCUUUAAUGAGAAUACUUCACUUGCAAAUGACUUGAUUCAUCUUCGACCCUGUCGGCUGUGAAUUUAAGCAAAUUAUUUCUCUCUGCUAUAGAAAUUAUGCCACCACAGUAUUUGGUCUAGCAACAUUACAGGUUUUUAUGGGUACAUUUAGAUUAUCUAAAAAACCAUAUGCUUGUUUCCAGAUUGUUUAUUUUAGGGAAACUUGAGGGUUUCCACAUUGUAUUGCUUCAGCAUUAAUAUAUAAAAUAAACUGAAGGAAUCAAUAUUGCACUUGAGCUGCCUUCCUUCUUGGUGGGUUAAUGUGAAAAAUAGGUUGGUUGAUUCUUAAGAGCUCUACCAACCCUUAAAUAAUUUAUCUCUAGGUCCUGGUGAUUCAUGUUGAAACAUUCCACAGUAACUCCCGAGAAGAAAGCUAGUCUGCUCAGCCACCACUGUCUGGGAUUAAGAUCUUGUACUGUGAAGGGCACCUGUCAUUCCUUGGUGAAAUCUACGAUUGCUCUAGACACUCAACAGUUGCAUUGCUAGCAGGUUUCAUACCAAAUAUUUGAAAGGAUGGUUCUGAAUCUAAAACCACAUCUUGUUUUUAUUAAAUAUGUGGAAAGGCUAAUAUAUUCCAGCAUAAAUUAUUAUAUGGUUAAAUAAUCACAUCUUAAUUUAUUUUAAUGUAUUAUUGUACUGUUCUGAGCCAAAUUCUAAAGAAAAAAUAAAUACAUUUCUUUGGGAAAUCCUAA